UACGUCUCUAGAGGUUCACCGACGUCACGCGACGUCUGUUUUUCAGUUCAGUCCUUUUGUCAGAAUAGUUGCUGCAUUCACUAAGGAUUUUCUAUCUUUUGCCUCCAUGAAGGGGCAUAUGAAAACUGUCUGUCUGAAUUAAAAUGAUUUUAUGAUUCAUUUUUUCACAUGUACACAGAAGGUCUCAUCAUUUUGAUAACAAAUUCAUUCAAUCGUUCAGUCAAUCCAUGUGAUCGGUAUCGGUGAUCGGCAGUCAAAAUGAUGGGAGCAUCCCUAGAGAAAACCCUUGAAUCUCAAUCUUGCUCUUGUAGUCACUCAAGUUGGUGAGCCCAAAUCAGAGUGGAAAUCCAUCAGUAAACGGAGAGCUCUUGCAUCGCUGCGUCUCCAUCCUUCCCUCCCUCCUGAACAGGAGCAGGACUGGACAGGAGCCAACAUUAUCACACCAGAGAAGGUGAGGAGUUUGGAAGCACCUCAGAACUUCUUCCCGAUUCAAGACGCUUCCCAGCACUUCUAUCUAAUGACUCAUGAAGUUUGGCGAAGCUCCUGCUGACUGUCACGAGGUGAAGUUCAGAGCAAGCCGGGCUAAACGGGGUUAAUCUGUCACCUUUCUAUUUAUGUGUGACGGAGGUGAAGCUGCGACGUCAGCUAAAAUUCAACGAAAGCAGGGGUGGUGCCGCGCAGUGUCUCAAGCCUCCGUUGAUAUUUAUUUUUUUCUGUCUGAGAAAAGCUCAGCAGGGAUGUUCGACUUCCAAACACCUUGAUUCUGUAUUUGGGGAUGAUUUUCGUCCCCUGUGACCUUCUGAACCUCCAGAAACCUGUCAGUUAGUCACUGCUGUAGUGGCUCCUCUGACUUGAGCACAAGAACAUUCCAUCACCUUUCAGGCUGUGACCUUGACCUUCAGAGCCGUCAGAUCGUCUUCCUGCGUCCGCCUGACUGAUCUUCCUACAGCGGUGGCCGAGGUCUCUUUUUUGGCAUCGUAGCCCCAGGGUGGCCUUCACUCCCACACCUUCUCUGGUUCUGGCUCCGGUGGUCAGAGAGGUGUCACUGUGUCUCGGGGGCUGGUUCAGAUUUCUCAUGGCAAAAAGGUCACAAGCAUUUUAGAUCUCAGAUCCAACUAGGAUUGAGUCAAAACUGUAUUUUUUAAGUCAAAGAAGCUUGUUUUGUUCAAAAGUUUUUGGUAAUAUUUGGUAGAUAUUUGUCAGCGUUGAGUCACCAUGUUUGUAUCCUUCUCUUCGCAUGUUUUAGAAGUCAUUGCAUCAGAGCGCACCGCAAAUAAUGUGGUUCUUAACAAGUUUAAAAAAACAACUUAGAUAUGACAAUUAUAGUGUACGAUAUUAUUUAAGCAUUAAUUUCUCAUUUCACUAGAAUCUCAAAUCAUGCAUAACCUUGUCUUCUCCGUCUGUAAUAGACUGGGACUCUUAUACUGAGUUAAGUGAUGGUUCAAGUGUGAUAUUUUAAAUCUACAAAUCUUGUUGUUGAGGAUCCAGUCACUGCUAUUUGCAGCUGAUUUGGUUCCUGUGGCUUCAUUACAGUGCGGCUCUCAACUCUCACUAGAUCGGUUUGUGUUGAGGAUCAGAACCUCUAAGUCCGAGGCCACGGUUCUCAACCGGAUUGGAUUGAGUUCCUGCCUCAAGUGGAGAAGUUUAAGUGUCUUGGGAUUUUGUUUUGGAGUGAGGGGUGAGGGAGUUGGAUUGGUCUGCGAAUCGCCGUUGUUGGGUGUAAGAGAGAGCUGAGCCAAAAGGCUCUAUGGUCAUGAGCUGUGGGUCAUGACUGAAAGAAAGAGAUCUGCAUACAAGUGGCUGAAAUGAGUUUUCUCUGACGGGUGGAAGGCGUCUCCCUUAGAGAUAGGGUGAGGAGUUGUCACUCAGGAGAGAGUCUGAGUAGUUGAGAGGAGUCAGUUGAGGUGGUUGGGGCAUCUCACGAGGACGCCCCCUGGAGGCCUCCUUUUGGAGGUGUUUCAGGCAGGGCCAGCUGGGAGGUGACCCAGGGGUCGACCCAGGAGCAGGUGGAGGGAUGAGAUCACCUCACUGGCCUGGGAGGGUCUCGUAGUCCCCCAGUCAGAGCUGCUGGUUGAUGCCCGGGACAAGGGCGUUUGGAGUGAUCUUCUGAAGCUGCUGCCCCCGCGACCCGGCAACAGAUAAGCGAAUGGAUGGAAAUCUUGUUUGAAGAUUUCAUGACCAACUCAAGUUGCUUCAUCCAUGUGUUUAUUAUUGCUCUUUGUUCAAACCUGUUGAGCGACAGCCAUGUCAUAAGUCAUCAACCAGCCAUUGAGAUCUCCUGUUUUGUGGCUGACAAAGUAAGAAUCUAAGCAAAAUCAUCAUGUUUUAUGCUCACAUUUUGUAUAUUAGACUACAUUUCAUGUAAUGUCAAUUUAAAACCUACAUUUUUUUGCUCAUUUUACGGCCCUGUGGAACAUCUCUUAAUUCCAGAAGUGAAAUUCUCUUGCUGCAUGGACAGAUCCUUUCAUUUGCUUCAAGCACAUGAGUUUAUUUAUUUAUUUAUUUUUAUCUUUAUCUCGUUGUGUGCUCCCUCUCUGUUGGCCGAUUGAUGGCUUUUGAGUCAGACCUGGUUCUCCUCCAUCCCAGAUGACUUUAGGUCAUGGUGCUUGGUUUUCAAAUGUGCUUUAUGUGAUAUAACAACACUCCAUUAAUGACCGCCUGCCUCGCUCCGGUGUUAUGUUUGGUCAAUUCAAUCUCCACCAGUGCGUAUAAAACCUGCAGCCCUCCUCUGCACGCCGUGUGUGUGUGUGUGUGUGUGUGUGUGUGAGCGGGAGCGUCGCCACAGCUGCAGGUGAGAGAGACGGGGGGAGUCACAGGGAGGAUGACACGUUCACACGUUCCUGCGUUCACCUCCACGUCCAAGUUGUUCUCCCGCUCCAGCAUCGAUCGGGUCAAAGGAGCCAGCGAGCGAGCAAGUAGAGAGAGAGAGAGGGCAGGCUGGAGAUGGAGGGGGAGCGAGAGGGGAAAGCAAGAGAGAGAGAGAGGGUAGCGAUGGAACAAGGGAGGCGUGCACUCGUACAGAUCCAGAAAGAGGAGCAGGAGGACGGGACUGCUGCUGCGGCAGAGCUGGACACUGACCGUCCUCUCACACACACACACUCAGACGCGCACUCUCUGCCACAAAUGCUGACGACACCAUCAACAACACACACGUGCUGACACUCACACACACUUGCAAAGUGACAGCCAAGAUGCUCCAUCCCGACCAUCUACGAGGAUUACUCCGAUGAAGAUGAUGGUGAAGAUGAGGACGAUGAAGAGCGUGAGGGAGGGGAUGCCGGCCUGCCACAGCUGAGGACCACAGACAGGGAUUGGAGGCAGUGGUGGUGGGCGGGUGGGGGGGGGGCAGAUCGAGGACCACGGGCCAGGAUGAAGUGGAGGAGCACAUGUUUGUGUGUGUGUGUGUGUGUGUGAAAUGUGUGUGUGAAGGCUAGGAUGCCCCCCCAGCGAAGGGCCAGCUAGCAACCGUUAGCCACAUGUUGUGCCACUGCAAAGUAGCAUGCACCAACAACACCAUAUCGUUGAUGUUUGGAUGCAAGAAGUAUCGGUAUCACGAGGAAGACGGGGCGUCGCCUGGCGCCCCAAAACUGCACCUCCACCCCUGCCACCAGCACCAGAUGGGCGUGGUCAGAGAACUGACUGACGGCGGCACCAUAGGGAGGGAAGGCAGGGACUGGGGCACGUGGAGGCGGAGCUCUGUCGGCGGCGGGACGGUGGAGAGGGACCGAGAGCGGGAGCGGGAGCGGGACCGCUCGCUGGGCCGGGACGGGUCUUUGGGUCGGCGCGGGCACCUGCGAGGGGCCGAGCUGGUGCAGGUGGCGGAGCGGCAGCUGUCUCAGAUCCAGCACGUGCACGGAUACGUCAGUCAUGCGCACGUCACACCUGCUCAGGUAGAGUCUCCUGACGGGGAGUACGAUGACGAGGCCUGGCCUCACGUGGAGGGAGAAGUCCCUCCCUUCUCCUCCCUCUAUUCUCACAGCUACUACCAGGCCAACCCCCCUCCAGUGGUGGUCAACACGGACAGCAUCGACGCCCCUCCAUACGUCAAUGGAACCGAAGCCGACUAUGAGUACGAGGAAAUCACACUGGAGCGGGGUAACUCAGGUUUGGGAUUCAGCAUCGCAGGAGGGACAGACAACCCCCACAUUGGAGAAGACCCCUCCAUCUUCAUCACCAAGAUCAUUCCAGGUGGCGCUGCUGCCCAAAACGGACGACUCAGGGUGAACGACUGCAUCGUGCGGGUGAACGAGGCUGACGUGAGGGAAGUGACCCACAGCGGAGCCGUGGAGGCGCUGAAGGAGGCCGGAGGUCUGGUGCGACUGUUUAUCCGGCGCAAGAAGAGCUUUGCAGAGAGGAUCAUGGACAUCAAACUGGUGAAAGGACCGAAAGGUUUGGGCUUCAGCAUCGCAGGCGGAGUCGGCAACCAGCAUGUUCCAGGAGACAACAGCAUCUACGUGACCAAGAUCAUCGAGGGCGGAGCGGCGCACAAAGACGGACGACUGCAGAUCGGAGACAAACUCAUAGCGGUGAACGGUGCUUGUCUGGAGGAGGUGAGUCACGAAGACGCUGUCGCCGCCUUGAAGUCGACCCCUGACGUGGUUUACCUGCGCGUGGGCAAACACACCUCCCUCUUCAUCAACGACAGUUUUCCUCCGCCCGACGUCACCAACUCGUACUCCCCUCACCCGGACAACCACGUCAGUCCCUACAUGAGUGGGAGUCAGUCCGUGAGUCCAGCCCCUCUGACCACUCCCAGGUACUCGCCACUGUCCAGGACCAUGACCGGAGAGGAAGAGGUUUCCAGGGAUCCUCGACGGGUGGUUCUCCUGCGAGGCUCCACCGGUCUGGGCUUUAACAUCGUGGGGGGUGAAGACGGAGAGGGCAUCUUCAUCUCCUUCAUCCUGGCUGGAGGUCCAGCCGAUCUGUGUGGGGAGCUGCGCAAGGGAGACCGCAUCCUCUCGGUGAACGGCGUGGAUCUGUCCAGUGCGACACAUGAGCAAGCCGCUGCUGCGCUGAAGAACGCUGGACAGACCGUCACCAUAGUAGCACAGUACCGACCUGAAGAAUACAGUCGUUUCGAGGCGAAGAUCCACGACCUGAGGGAGCAGAUGAUGACCAGCAGUAUCAGCUCCAGCUCCACAUCGCUGCGCUCCACACAGAAACGCACGCUCUACGUCAGAGCUUUGUUCGACUACGAUGGCAGCGUGUCGGACCAGAGCAACCCGCCCAGCCAAGUCCUUCCCUUCCACUUCGGGGAGAUUCUCCACGUGAGCAGCGCCGGCGAAGAAGAGUGGUGGCCCGCCCGCCACCUCAGCCCCCCGCCCCCCAACUGCCCCGAAGUCGGGGUGAUCCCUAGCCGCAGAAGGGCGGAGAAAAAGGAGCGCUCCAGGUUAAAGACAGUGAGAGUGAGCAGAUCGCAAGACAGAUCGGAUCAGGAGGACAAGGAGCUGGUAACCUCUGGCACCAGCGAUAGUGAGAGUAGUUCCUCUGGACAAGAUGAGAUUUUCCUCACCUACCAACCCGUUAUGCAGCAAGAAGUGAACUACACACGGCCAGUCAUCAUCCUCGGACCAAUGAAGGACCGAGUGAACGAUGACCUCAUCUCCGAGUUCCCUGACAAGUUCGGCUCCUGCGUCCCACACACAACGCGAAGCCGGCGAGACUACGAGGUGGACGGCAGAGAUUAUCACUUCAUGUCCUCCAGAGAACUGAUGGAACGAGAGAUCCAGGAACACAAGUUCAUCGAGGCCGGCCAGUACAACAACCAUCUCUAUGGAACCAGCAUACAGUCUGUGAAGGAAGUGGCCGACAAGGGGAAGCACUGUAUCCUGGACGUAUCAGGGAACGCCAUCAAGCGUCUGCAGCUGGCUGGCCUCCAUCCCAUCGCCAUCUUCAUUAGACCACGCAAUGUCGACAACAUCCUCGAGAUGAACAAGCGUCUGAGCGAGGAGCAGGCGAGAAAGACCUUCGACAGAGCUGUCAAGCUGGAGCUGGAGUUCACAGAGUACUUCACCGCCAUCGUCCAGGGCUCCACUCUGGAGGAGGUCUACUCGCAGGUGAAGCUGAUCAUCGAGGAGCAGUCGGGUCCGUACAUCUGGGUUCCCACCAAGGAGCGACUGUGAAUCUACACCGCACCCUCCCACGUUAUCGCUCUCCUCCUCCUCCUCCUCUCCGACUCACUCCUACACACCUCCAUCUUCUCACACACUUGAAGUCGAGGAAGACUGAGACUUUUCUGGCCACGUCGCUUCCUGAAACAAAGGCGGGGAGCUCGCUUGUCCAGCAGCCCAUUGGCUGAUCUUCCUGCAGCUCAGUUCCUUAAUGUUUAAGGAGGCGGUUUCAAUCGACACGCACCAUCAUCGGAUUCUGUUCUUCUUAUUGUCGUCGUUGUUGUUGUUUUCAUAUUAACGAAGGGUGAUGCAUUCAUGUUUGGGUUUGUAACGGUAAUAUUGUCACCAAGAGGCAGACUUUUGCACGCUGUAGCUUUAAGAGCAUGUUUUUGGGACAAAUUCUUCUCCCUUCCUCGUCUGCCCGCUCUCUUCCGUUCAGAAAUGACUCAUGCUGUCCCUCGUCCCGCUCACCUUCCGUCCAUCAUUCAGUUUUUUAAAAAUAUGCCCCCGUGAAAAAGAACAAAAUGUCAUAUAUUUUAAGAAUAGAUCCUAUUUUAAGAAUGAAUAAUACACCAUCGAUUAUUCAAGCGCCGGACUGGAGCCUGUACUUAUCAAACACAGACGCAUAUAAGUCAUCGCUGAAAUUAUUGUCAGUAAAAUGAAUGAAAUCAUAAUUAUUCAACAAUGUCUUCAUUUUAAAAAACAUUUUAAAAUAUUAUUUCAGUUAAAUUUAUUGAAAAACCUGAAAGAAAUAUAUAUUUUUGCGUGAGCAAAAUGUUAUUGGAGCGUAGAUUUGGCUUUCAUUACGCUGAUGCACCUAUCAGCUAAAAAUGCUUAAGAUGCUAAUCUAACAAAAAAAUCCAUUUUGUGAGUCAUACAUGUUGAGAUAAGGACUCACAAAGUACUAAUACAAACCUUGUGACUAAGAGAACGUGUUAGUCAGUGUUGCUAAUUCGGCUCAUAGUGAAACAGCUGCGUUUGCUAACAAAGGUGAAAUGUUAAGUUACCUAAAUGUAACUUCAGUUCUAUGAAUACGCGUGACACCGUCUCGCAGGCUUCACUAUUGGUUACCUCCACUCCGAGACCAAAGGUGAACUUACAUCAUGAUGGUCAUGUGGAAACUCGCACAGCGCUCAUUACAGGGAGAAGCCACCAACUGAUGAUGCGGCAAUAUUGAAGUAUUGAUCCACUAUUUGAAACUGUAUUCUAUGUAUGUUGAAGUUUUACAGUUGCUGCACCCUACUGGCAAAUGCAUAUGAACCGUGGCUACAUUUGUUCGAUGACUACAGGCUCAGAAGUAUAAAAGUACCUUUUUAAGUCCCCUC